AUGCAUUUGGCUUGUCAAAAAAAUUUGACAACAACAAAACUCAGUGGUAAUGGCAGAAAAGAUCCUAAUCUGUCAUUACCACUGAGUUUUGGUGUUUCCAAAUUUUUUUGACAAGCCAAAUGCAUCAUCGCAAAAGAACAAUUUUUUUAUUGCAUUUGGCUUGCCCAAAAAAUUUUGAAAACACCAAAACUCAGUGGUAAUGGCAGAUUAGGAUCUUUUUGUCAAAAUUUUUUCUGGCAGACCAAGAAUGGCUCCAUAGUGGGCUAUUCUUGGUCAAUUAGUAUAUAA